GGAAUUUUUUUUUCCUCUCUCCCUGGCAGGCUCUGUGCGGUUGUAGGAGGAGUUUGCGGUCACCUCCCCCCUCCGAGGCGCUGCGGCCACAUUCCCCCAGCGAGGUACUCCCCCAGCCACCAAGAUGUCCAGCAAGCGUGCCAAAGCCAAGACCACCAAGAAGCGCCCCCAGCGCGCCACCUCCAAUGUCUUCGCCAUGUUCGACCAGUCGCAGAUCCAGGAGUUCAAGGAGGCCUUCAACAUGAUCGACCAGAACCGUGACGGCUUCAUCGACAAGGAGGAUCUGCACGACAUGCUGGCUUCCCUGGGGAAGAACCCCACUGACGAGUACCUGGAGGGGAUGAUGAGCGAGGCACCGGGGCCCAUCAACUUCACCAUGUUCCUCACCAUGUUCGGGGAGAAGCUGAACGGCACCGACCCCGAGGACGUGAUCCGCAACGCCUUCGCCUGCUUCGACGAGGAGGCCUCAGGCUUCAUCCACGAGGACCACCUGCGGGAGCUGCUGACCACCAUGGGGGACAGGUUCACCGACGAGGAGGUGGACGAGAUGUACCGGGAGGCGCCCAUCGACAAAAAGGGCAACUUCAACUACGUGGAGUUCACCCGCAUCCUGAAGCACGGGGCCAAGGACAAGGACGAUUAGAGCCCGGGGCCACUCCCCCCUCCUGCCUCAUCCUGUGCACUCCCUGCCCCGUGGCCCCCCUUGCUGCCCCACAGCAGAUUCCUCCCACGGGAAACACCUCCCAGGAGCAUCACCCUGCGUCAGGACACGCUUGGAGGGGACACACUCCCACCACUGCCGCUGUGUGCCCGUCCUCUCUCAUCACUUCUCCCACCCACUGGGUGCCCCAGCCUGGCUGUGACCCCUCCCCAGCAGCCCUUGACCCCCUCAAAGCCACCAUGCUACUGGUCCCAGGGCUGGGGUGAGCAUCCCCUGCUGACCUGCAGGGAUUUGGGCCACUCCAGCCUGAGCCAGUCCCAUUCAGGCACAGAGGAAAAGCCUCUCUCUCUCCUCCCACAUUCCCCCUUUCAGUAAAGAGCCCCCACUUUGUUCCUCCUCCCUGGCUGUUUUAUGGCUUUAGAGCCUGAGAUCUGAGGCAUUUGGGAAGCUGCAGGGGUGCAUAAAGCCUGAUGGCUGUGACAGA